GCACCAAAUGUAGCAGACAUCUUCCAAUUCCAUCUCCUGAGUCUCUCAGCUGAUCCAGAAUCGCAGCCCGUCCUCUUUGGACUGUUCCUGUCCAUGUACCUGGUCACAGUGCUUGGGAACCUGCUCAUCAUCCUGGCUGUCAGUUCUGACUCCCACCUCCACACCCCCAUGUACUUCUUCCUCUCCAACCUGUCCUUGGCUGACAUCUGUUUUGCCUCUACCACUGUCCCAAAGAUGCUGGUGAACUUCCAAACUCACAGAAGAACCAUCUCCUAUGGGGACUGCCUGACACAGAUGUCUCUUUUUCUCAUUUUUGGAUGCAUGGAUGAUCUGCUUCUGACCGUGAUGGCUUAUGACCGUUUUGUGGCCAUCUGUCACCCCCUGCAUUAUCCAAUCAUUAUGAACCCUCGCCUCUGUGGCUUUUUAGUUUUGGGGUCUUUUUUGAUUAGCAUAUUGGAAUCCCAGCUGCACAAUUUGAUUGCAUUACAGUUUACUACUUUCAAGGAUGUCAAAAUUGCUAAUUUCUUCUGUGACCCCUCUCAGGUCCUCAGUCUUUCCUGUUCUGGCACCUUCACCAAUAUCAUAGUAAUGUAUUUUGUUGGUGCUCUAUUUGGCAUUUUCCCCAUCUCAGGAAUCCUUUUCUCUUAUUAUAAAAUAGUCUCCACCAUUCUGAGAACCCCAUCCUCAGGUGGGACGUAUAAGGCCUUCUCCACCUGUGGGUCUCAACUCUCAGUUGUUUGUUUAUUUUAUGGAACAGGCUUUGGAGUGUACCUUGGGUCAGCUGUGUCCCAUUCCUCUAGAAAAGCUGCAGUGGCCUCAGUGAUGUACACUGUGGUCAUCCCCAUGCUAAACCCCUUCAUCUACAGCCUGAGGAACAGGGUCAUUAAAAGUACCCUAAAGAGACUCCACAGUAGGCUCAUCUAA